AUGGGAGAGUUGUCCCUCUAUGUCUCUGGCUGUGGUUCUGGGGACCAGCGACGCGGAGUUCCCUCGGGUCGCUCUACCGCUCCCCUCAUACCUGUAUUCUCUGGAGUAGUUGGUUGUAUUCUGGGCCGUCUGUGGUCCACCCUGGGCAGCCUGGCACUGCUGGCGGUGGCGACGAGGGUAAGAGGUGGCUACUACCUGACUAGUGCCUAUGGAGCCAUGUCCCUGAUCAGAAACUUCCAGGAGGAGCAGGCAGCCAGAGUGCUGAGCUCUGAAACCAGGGACACUUCACCAGUGGCACCGCCGACGCACCACCAGCGCUCUGCUCCAUCUAUUGACGACUUCCAGAACUACCUGCGGGUGGCACUGCAGGAGCUGGACAGCGGCUGUACUGCCAAGACCCUACAGGUCCGACCGUAUGCCACUGUGGAGGAGGUGUGUCAGCUAUGUGCGCUAAAAUUUAAAGUGUCAGACCCUGAGAAGUACGGCUUGUUCCUGCUGUUGGAGGGCAGCAGCCAGCAGCUGGCACCAGACACCCACCCUCAGAAGAUCAAGGCUGAGCUUCACAGCCACUCAGAAGCCGUUCCCUUCCACUUUGUCUUCCGCCGCUUGACCAACAGCAACACCUCAUCAUCAACUUCUUUCGAUCCUAUGCCCAACCUCAAUAACCUCAGUGUGACCUCUGACCUCAAUAGGACCUGUCAGCCCACUCCCCGCAACCCACUCUCAGUUUAG